GAAAAUCACAUUUUCCUUGACAGAGCUAACUGAAAACGAUGGAGCAGCAUUUAGAUCGAGAUCUGGCAAGUGAGGUUCGUCGAUUUGUCCGCGAACGUCAAAAUAAGCUGGCUAAUGCCUCUAACUCGGGCGAAGUGAUUGAAACAUUGAAUGAUGUGGUUGAACUAUUUCUCCGGGGAACUCUGCUUCCCUUCCAAGUUUCUCUCGACAAACGUCCUGUACUGAAGGGCGAAUUCGUAUCCAAUCACUUUGUGAGGUUCUCUGAAUUUAUUCUAUCUUCUAAAGUAAUUGAAUUCUAUAGUAACCUCAAUGAACAGCAGAGAAAAGAUGGUUUUGAAGUGUUUUUCCUUCGUGGUCCAUCGCACGAUUGUCUUCUUGUUCUGGGAGAUGUACUCUCUAAACCAGCGACCAAUUUGAAAAACGCCAAGGUGAUAGUAUCCUUGCUCGAAAAGUUCUUUGGUGAAGAAAGAUUGGUUGAUAUACUUGUGGAACAAUGUCGUUUAUCCAGGCCUUCCAAAAAUGGUUCACUUAACUCCAGUGUAACAGGAUUUGAAAGCAAACUUUGGGGACAGCUUGUGACUUUGAUAGUUUCUCUCCCUCAGAGAGUGGCGAACAAACUCAGAUUUAAAUGUAGCCCUCAGUUCUACCCAGAGUCUUAUUUCAACCUUGUUUCAUGUGAAAUUAUCAAAGCAUUGGAGAAGUUACAUGACAACCUAACAAUGUCACAGGAUUGCUCCUUCAAGUUCCUUGAAGAAUUGAUUGGUCGGAUUUGCUUGGUCGGGCAAGCAGAGAGAAUGUUUGCCAUACUGUUACCAGCAUUGGAAAAGUGGCUGAAGAAGAGUCCACUUUGGAAUAGAAUCUGUGCACGACUGGUUACAGGGAUACCAGAUGGUUGCAUGGAACAUGUUACAGAAGGCCUGCUUAAGAUGGCAGAUGACCCGUCCCUAAUUUCUAAGCUUUUUGGUGAUUCAGUGCUCACCAAUACUAAGCUUAAAUAUUUGCUGACAUCUAAGUUUCUUCUAAUGAGAAGCUAUACCAAUAUGAAUGUGCUUUACAAUAUCAUGGGAUAUUUAUCUGGAUAUAAGCACAGGCAUUUGCUAGUGGAAACAUUGCACACUCUUUUUGACAUCUGGGGUGAUAGAAGUGCAAUAAAGCACACAACAUAUGACCAGCAUUUUUACAUUACUUGUGCAACUGUUCUCUCAUUUGGUCAUUUGAACAUUGAAGAAAGGAAAUCUGAAAAGCAUGUACUGCUCAACAAGUUGCUAGUUGGUGUGCAGAGUCAUUUAGAGAGCCCUUUGGAAAAGGUACAACGUCUUGGCAUGGUAGUUGCAGAAUGUCUUACAUGUUCCCUUGAACCCAAUGGAGAGAAACUUGUCUUUGGAUAUAUGGAAGAUAGUGAUACUAAACAAUUGAAAUCACUGGCUAAAGGUCCACAAGAGAGGAUGAAUUUGAGAAGUGUAGGAAAGAGAAAUGAGCCUGAUGUUGAAAUAAAAGGCAAGGAUAAACUGGUAACUGAAGAAAGUUCCUCCAUGAAAGUCUCUGCUGAGAAAAACUCUCCUCAGAUUUGUGAAGGUGAUGAUGAUUUGGUGCCAUAUGAUCUUGGGGAAGAAGAUGACAGUGAUUUGAAAUCCAAGGCUCCAAAGUAUUUGCGAGAUUGUAUUGAAGGCCUUUUAGCAUCAGAAGACUCAUCAAAGAUGGAAGCAUCAUUGAAAAAUGUGGAGAAACUUGUUGGUGCUGAAAUGGAUGACUUGGAUGAUGUCUGUGAAGAAUUGGUGAAAGUUCUACUUCAUCUUCAGGACCAAUUUUCGACUGAUAUGUUUGGUGAAUUGCGUCACAGUGCAAUUGUUGCUGUACUUAUUAGGUGUCCUGAACAGAUUGCUUGUUACUUGACAGAAGAAUUUUUUGCUCCAAAUUAUCAUUUACAGCAGAGAAUGGACAUAUUAAGUGUUCUUGCCGAUGCAGCACAGCAGCUGUCAACACCAGUGGAAAUAACUAAAACAAAAGAAGUACCAAGAAGGUUUCCACUCCCACAAGCAGAAUCUAAUAAAUGUUUGCAAGCCAUACCAGAGUGGCAGAAGAUUGUGCAAGAGAGAAUUGAUGGUAAAACAAAGAGGUUUACCAAGGGGCCAUCCCACCCUCAACCCAAACCUGUGGCUAACAAGUUUGCUAGUGUAGCUGGAUAUUUCUUUUUUCCAUUAAUGAAGAACUUUGACAGCAAAGUGAACACAUUAGAUCUUCUGGGUGAAGACACACUUGUCUUGGGCAGGCUUGUGUACACUCUCGGAAUAAUCAUGUACUCUGCUAGAGAAACUCCCACAGCCAGGAAUAUGGGCAAGGCUCUGUUGGAAUUCACUUGGGCUCUGAAGUAUCAUUCUGAAUCAUUUGUGCGUCAGGCACUGAUCUUUGCACAGGCCAUGGUUGCAGUUUCUGUUCCUUCUUCUAUUCUUAUGAAUGAUGCCCCGGGGGAACUCUCUGAGCUUCAUGAUUGGUUGAAGACAAUAGUCCAAAAUGAUACUGAUGCUGACAGUGUGAGGGCAGCUUUUCAGACUCUUGUUUUGUUGGAAGAAAUUUUUAAAAAUCAAGUUGUUGUACAUGUUUGAUCAUUGCUGCAUGUUCAAUUUUUUCUAGCUAAAGCUUCAUUAGUGUUCUUGCUGACUGAAGCACAGAGCUGUGCCUUUUUGACAUUUUAAGCAAUGAGCAAGGCACUUCCUUGUUCUGGAUGGGUUAUUUUUAUAUACUCAUCUUUAUUUUGAAGUUCAAAAUAACCAUUGUUGUUCAUUGUUAAUUGUAACAUCUACUGCUUUUUACUAGAGUGGUUAUUGUUGGAAAGUCUGAUUGUUUUAGACUGUUUCAAUAGAAAUGAUAGGAAAAUUGAUAUUAAAAGAUCAAGGAUGCUUUGUUUUGAGAA